CAACACGUCACAUGGCCAGGAAGGGAAGUAGGUUAGGUACUCCGCCUGUUUACUCCAGUUUACGGAAUAAAUUCUAGAUUAUUAUACCAGAUAUAAAGAAAUUGCCGAAUCAAGUCUCAUUACUCAUAUGCUCCAUUGAAGGUUCAAAAUGAAGGCAAAGAAAGUUGAGACUGACCCCAAAGUCCAAAAACCCGUGACACCUAAAAAGGAUGGAGUGAAGAAAGUUAAAAAAUCUCCUAAAAAGCAACCUCAUACAGAUAUAACAGAUAUAACACCCCCAGCAGGUAAUCCAAAGACAGUUCCCAAAUUAAAGAAAGCUCUCAUUAAAAUAAGAAUUGGACCUAAGUCUAAGCUAGCGGGGAAUUUAAAGUCAAGAAUUGGUCCAAAAUCUAAAACUGUCAAAACUGAAACUAAUGUUGAAGAUGAAAUUAGAGCCCAGUCCAAGGUUACAGUGAAAACAAAGCCAAAAAUUGGUCCAAAAUCUGGAACAGCUACAUCAAAGCCAAAAAUUGGUCCAAAAUCUAGAACAGCUACUCCCAAGCCCAAAAUCGGUCCAAAAUCUAAAACAGCUACUCCCAAGCCAAAAAAUGGUCCAAAAUCUAAAACAGCUACUCCCAAGCCUGUGAGUGUAAAGCGUGAAACUAAUAGUUCAACAAAAAAGAAGAGUACUCAAAAAGUUAUAAGUGUUGCAAAGCCAAAUGUCAAGACAGAAUGUAAAACAGUGAAGUCUAAGCCUACCAAAGCUGCUUUGAAAGUUAAAAUUGAUCGUAAAUCGGGGAAGACAAUAAGUUUUAAAAAUGUCAUGAGCAAACCCAAAUUAAAGGCCCCGAAACAGAAAACUGUUGUUAGAACUAAGGUUAAGAGUAGCCCAAAGUUGAAAAUUGAAACUAUAAAAAGAACUGGCAAGGCUAAGCUGCUUAACACUAGAAAAGUAGUUGAAAAGCCAUCAGAUAUUAGUGGUGAUGGAACUAAAAGUAUAACAUUAGAAAGUGG